AUGUCGUUGACAGCUCCAACAUUAACCCCAGAAACGUCACGUCCUGGCUCCAUUGUUGGAACACCAGAACCACCUAUACUAGAUCAAUCCCAUCUCAAACCAGGUCACAAAGCCUCGUUGCUUUCACACGCACAAACACUCGAACUAUAUCGACAAAACGCCAAAAAAACCAAUGACCCAGAACUUCAACUCGAAUUCGCCGCUUUCAUUAUUGAUGCCUCGGAUGCAAUGACUGAGGACUCGAAACAAAAGGAGGAACUAUUAAAAGAAGGAAUAUCUCUGGUGAAAAAAUUAGCGGAUCGAGGUCACGCAGAAUCACAGUAUUACCUUGGAGAUUGUUAUGCGAGGGGAAUUGGCACAUCAAAAUCUAAACCUGAUUUCGAUAAGGCAUUUCCAUUGUUUGUCCAGGCUAGUAAGCAUUCUCAACCAGAAGAGGCAUGUCGUGCUGCCGCAUAUCGUGCUGCCAUGUGUUAUGAACAUGGUUGGGGUUGUCGGAAAGACGCGGCAAAAGCGUUAAAAUUUUACAGAAAAGCAGCCCCAGGUCACGCUGGUGCAAUGUAUCGACUUGGAUUAGCCGAAUUAAGGGGAGAACUAGGAUUGUCAAAGAAUCCACGCGAUGGGUGCAAAUGGCUAAAAAGAUCAGCUGAUGCUGCCGAUGAAGAAUUUCCACAUGCAUUAUAUGAACUCGCUGAGCUUCACGAACGAGGCUUAGAGAAUACGCUGUUUGUAGAUAUUGAAUACGCAGUACAAUUGCUUGUUCGUGCUGCGGAACUGAAUUAUGCACCAGCGGCAUUUAAACUUGGUGAAUGUUAUGAAUAUGGGAAAAUGGGAUGUCCUCAAGACGCAGCACUCUCGAUUCAUUACUACACAAUAGCUGCACAACAAAAUCAUAGAGAAGCUUGUUUCGCAUUGGCCGCGUGGUAUUUGGUGGGUAGUCCGGGUGUUCUUCCACAAAGUGACGCGGAAGCGUAUCUUUGGGCAAAACGCGCGGCAGAACAGGGAUUGCCGAAAGCAGAAUAUGCUGUUGGAUAUUUUACCGAAGUUGGAAUCGGUGCAAAGAAAGAUCAGUUGGAUGCAAAUGUAUGGUAUCGUCGUGCUGCAGAACAUGGGGAUAAACGAGCUCAACAACGAUUAAAAGGUGUACCCAUUGAUGAGAAAACACCAAGGAGACUUUCCGCAGAGGGGCGGGUCCCCAUACUUACUUCUAUUACACAACCUCCGUUAAUUUACCGGCCGAUCUAUGAGGUCGGGCCGGGUGAUUGGCCUUACGAGGUAACGGAGAACCUGUUAUUAGAAAGAGGCUAUGGAAAAAUCAACUCCUCCAUCCCCUAUACCCCCACUACAGCCUACGAGAAUACACCAGCAACUAGGCCACUCCUGAAGAGUGGCACAAUUUCAAGAAAUAAUACCCAUAAAAGUAUUCAAAGUAAUAAAAGUAAUAUUAUUAAAAAGACACGAGCAGCAUUAAUAUUCUCACGUAUUAAUACUAAUAAUUCAGCAGUGGCAACUGACGGAUCAAAGACAUCAGGUUCUUCAAUACAUACACCAGUUACACCUUUAACACCGACUGAUCUGCAAGCGGAGAAGCGACCACAUGAAGUUAUAAUUCCGAUAGAACCAACGAAAAGAAUAGAUAAUAAAAAAUUGCAAGGACAUUCACGUUCAGAUUCUAAUGAUAAACGGGAUUCAAAGAGUUCAGAAGGUUCAUCAUUACCAUCAUUACCAUCAUGGGCAUAUCGAUUUUACACGUCGGAUUCCGCAGACAUUCAGCCAGAUGCUUCCACUUCACGUGCAGGAGCGGAAAUGGAAGAACAAUCGAGGAGAUUACAAGAGAAUAAAAAUAAUGAUGGUUUACAACCUAAACGACAACCAUCACAACCAUCACGAAAAAGUAUGCGAUCAUUUCUGACUCCAUCUCAACGGCAAUCGUCAUCAAAUGAAAAUAGACAACGGCUGCCAUAUCGUAGAACAUUAAUAAUAGAAAAAGAACCAUUUAUUUCUUGUCCUGUUGGCUCGAUAUUCUUUUUGUUUGGAUUUUUGUUGCCUCCGUUAUGGUGGAUCGGAUCUAUAUUUCCGAGACAUGUGCAAUAUAAAGUUGAGCGUAGAUGGCGAAGAUACAAUAGAAUUAUGUCAUUUAUUUCGUUAUUUUUAAUUAUAUUAAUAUUCGGAAUGGCAAUCUGGUAUUGGACUUCAUAUACAUCACCAACAUUAGAAGAAGAAGGAUAA